GUGCUACAAACCACAUCUAAAAUUGUGCCUUAAAAAAAAACUCUAAAUAAAUAAAACCAUUUUUUUUUUAACAAUAUUUUUCUGUUAAUUCACAAAUCGUUUUGAAAUUUUUCAUAAAUAAGGGGGCGUUGAAAUAAUUGUUAAACGUGCAAAACAUUUCCUGCUCGAAUUUUUAUUCGCCCAGGCUCACUUGCAAUCGGGCUGUGCUACAAACCACAUCUAAAAUUGUGCCUUCAAAAAAACCUCUAAAUAAUUAAAACCAUUUUCGGUUAAGAUCAUAAUAAUGAACCGCGAUAAAGUCUUCAAAUCGCUUGCCGAACUAGAGGCUAGCUCCGAAAGCUCUGAAGAAUACGCAUCCAAUACAGACCGCAACUCGCAGAAGAAAAUGAUGAAUCGCGGUAACUACUUCUUACGCCAGAGAUCGCUAUCUGAUUCGGCUAUUGCAUACGGGAGUGAGGGAUUCAACUCUGAUCAUGAGGAAUCUGAUACAGACCGCAAUCCGCCGAACAACUUCAGACGCCAGGAAACAGGAGCUGAUUUGGCUAUGGCCUCCGGGAGUCAGGGAUAUAACUCUGAUUUUGAAGAACAGGAGAUGAUGAACUUCGAUAUCGAGGAAUUUGUACGUGAAGACAUGGCUUCCGAUGCAAACCUCAAUCCGCAGAGGGAGUGGUCUCAAAUGGAGAAAGAGAAUGCCUUUGGCCGUUUAAAGGACGAGCGUAAGCGCAAGCGGGACAAAACACCUGACAAUUUGUCCCCAAAAAUGUAUCCAAAGAAGGAUAAAGCUUCCUAAAUGUACUGUUUCCCUUAAAUUCGAACCCUAUUAAGAAUAAAAA